AUGUCGGCCGUUGAAAAAUUUAUGCCUCUAGUAUUGGAGGCAGAAGAGGAACAGCAAGCACCAACCCCUUGCUUUACUCAUGAAGGAGUUUUUACUGAAUAUUUUAAAGAGCUCGAAGAAGAAUCUAUUAGAGAUAAUUUUGUUAUUAUUUACGAAUUGCUCGAUGAAAUGAUGGAUUUUGGAUAUCCUCAGACUACCGAGACUAAAAUAUUACAAGAAUAUAUAACACAAGAAUCACAUAAAUUGGAAAUUCAAGUUCGUCCACCGAUGGCAGUGACGAAUGCGGUUUCAUGGCGUUCAGAGGGAAUAAAACAUCGAAAAAAUGAAGUCUUUUUGGAUGUCAUUGAAUCCGUAAAUUUAUUAGUUAAUUCCAAUGGGAACGUGUUACGCAGUGAAAUUCUUGGAGUAAUUAAGAUGAAAUGUUAUUUAAGUGGUAUGCCAGAGUUAAGACUUGGAUUAAAUGAUAAGGUUAUGUUUGAAAAUACUGGACGAUCACCUUCACGAGGGAAAGCAAUUGAAAUGGAAGAUGUUAAAUUUCAUCAAUGUGUUCGUCUAUCACGAUUUGAAAAUGAUCGUACAAUUUCAUUUAUACCACCUGAUGGUGAAUUUGAAUUGAUGAGUUAUCGAUUAAAUACACAGGUGAAACCUUUGAUUUGGGUUGAAGCACUUGUAGAAAAUUAUGCAGGUUCUAGAAUUGAAUAUAUGAUUAAAGCAAAAGCUCAAUUUAAACGACGUUCAACGGCAAACAAUGUUGAAAUACAUGUUCCCGUACCUGAUGAUGCUGAUAGUCCAAAAUUCAGAAGUAGUAUUGGAUCUGUUCAAUAUGCACCAGAAAAGUCAUGCUUAGUGUGGAAAAUUAAACAAUUCCAAGGUGGAAAAGAAUUUUUAAUGCGAGCACAUUUUGGAUUGCCUUCAGUAAAAAAUGUUGAUGAUACAGAUAAGAAACCACCAAUUGCUGUUAAAUUUGAAAUUCCUUAUUUCACCACUUCCGGAAUUCAAGUUCGUUACUUAAAAAUUGUGGAAAAAAGUGGAUAUCAAGCUUUACCAUGGGUUAGAUAUAUUACGCAAAACGGAGAAAAAAAAAAUCCUUUCCAUUGGCUUCCAAAUCUUAUACCAACUACUCUGACAGAAUUUCUUCUGUCACCUUUGUGUAUGGAGCCAAGUCGUUGUUCAGUACUUGUGGUUGAUCGUUCUUGCACUGAAAAGACCUAUCUACCAUCACAAAAGAUUGAGUUUGGCAACUCAAGAAAUUCAAAAUGCUUUUUAGCCCAUAACAGUGACUGGUGCACUUACGAGGUUAAUAAGGUUAAUAAUCAAAAUAUUGAUGAUUUAAUUCAACUAUUUUUAUCAAUUUUUGCUGAAGUGAUAACGGUUUCAUCGGGAACACAAGCAUUAUCAACAUUAAAAAAUAGAAAGAUAGGAAGUUAUCCUACAAUUGUAUUAAUAGACAUUGAUCAUACAGAGAGUAUUAGUCGGGAUUUAUACGCAAGGCGAGAAUCAUUCUUAGCAAUGACCGAUGGAGUUUCUCUUAAAGAAAUUACUACAACAAAAGAUUCUUUAUAUGGAUUAGAGUUUUUAAAGUAUAUAAAUAGUGAAAUUUCACAGGGGAAAUUAGAUCAAGUCAUUCCAAUUGUAUGUUCUUGUAAAGAUUCUGUAGAGAUAAUGGUUGACUGUUUGAAUAAAGGUGCUGUAGAUUAUCUAAUAAAACCUAUUAGACCGGAAGUGGCAAAAACUAUAUUUUUGAAUAUACAUAGAUCUACUAUCAUAGGAAAAAGAUCCCGUUCUACAUUAAAACCUUUAAUAAGGUGUAGUGUUUCCUACGAACAAAGACUUCAAGAAGUUUUCUCAAAAGAUCAAUGGUUCCAGAAACAAUUUUCGAAUGUUAUACACCAUCAGAAUCUACGAUUAAUUUCUUUCCGAGCCGAAUUAGAAAAGACCAAUUUUCUCAAAAAAAAGUUAGUAGAGUGGGAAUUUAACCCACAUGAUCUUACUGUAGAAGAACAAUUUAGAUGUGUUGUUAUUAUCUUUGAGCAUGUCUUGGAAUUAGAUGAGUUGAAAGAACUUAAUGUGUCGUCUGAACAAUUACAUAGAUUUCUUUUGGCUCUUAGACAAUCUUAUUAUGAUACAAAUCCAUAUCAUAAUUUUAUUCAUGCUGUAGAUGUAUUACAAGCUAUGUUUUACUUUUUAUGCGAGAUGGAUUUUAUUCCAUCAUUACUUUCAUCUCGUUACAAAAGACGAAGCGUGAACAAUUCUAAUUCUAAUCGACAAAAAUAUCGACCCAAUGAUUUGUUAAGAGAUACGGAUGCUUUUGCAUUAUUAUUGGCUUCAAUUGGUCACGACAUCGGUCAUCCUGGUGUUAAUAAUAAAUUUCUCAUAGAAUCGAAUACACCUUUAGCUCAAGUCUAUAAUGAUAGAUCAGUUUUAGAAAGCUUUCACGCAAUGGCAUUAUUUAAUUUGAUGCAAAAAUUUGGGUUUAAGAUUUAUGAAACUGAAACUAUAAAAAGAUUCGAAUCAGCAGAUUUUGAAUUAAACACACAGUUCCAGAUCGAUUAUGAAAGAAAUAUUAUUGUUGGUGCAUUGAUCAAAUGUGCGGACAUCAGUAAUGCGGCGAGGCCACAUCCUAUUGCCAAAAAUUGGUCAAAUGUUUUGUUGGAAGAAUUUAAAUGUCAGGGUGAUUUAGAAAGAAAACUUGGUUUACCAAUUCUUCCAGUAAAUGAUAGGUACAGUAACACAAAGCAAUCAGAUUCUCAAAUAGGUUUUAUAGAUUAUGUUGCUAUGCCAUUAUUCAAAAGUGUUGGUGAACUUGUACCAGAAAUGGGAUUCUGUUUACCUUACAUUGAAGAAAAUAAAAAAUCAUGGCGAGAAUGUAUUGAAGAAGAAGAUGAUGGUCGUAUAUUAAGACAUAAUAGUUCCGGUAAUGAUUCAGGGGUUCUUGUUUCUCUCGAUAGUAAACAGAAUUCUCCAAUUGUUGUUGUUCCAGCUGCAAGGAUUAUGCAACGCGACACACCUGGCCCUUAUCUAUUACCCAUUAAACCUUUACCUGAUCGUCCGGGAUCUGAAACAUCACCUGAUCGAGAUGAUGUUGUUAGUACAACGGGUGAAUCUGAUACUCCAUUAACCCAAGAUCAAUCAAAACAAAAAUUAGAUUGGUCUUUCUUUGCGAGAAAUAAGCCUCAAACUGGUCAAAAUAUAACACCCCAAGAUACUAUUUCAUAUGAACCAACUGAUCAGGAGGAUAGCAUAUUCUGUUGUAGCAUUCAAUAG